GCCCAAUCUUCUGUGUAAAACGCUUACCAUGCUUACGGUUGUUCUGGAGGAUCAGAAAUCACAAUUCACAAACUCAUCAAACAUUGGGAGGCUCUUACAGACUCUCCGACGGGCCCAACAGUACCAGAAGCAAUUAUGCAGCGGAAAUGGAAAUCUGGAACUCAAAAAUUGAUUGGAUAUCAUAACAGGUUUAUCCCUGCUGUCUCUUAUCCUCUUCCCACUCAAACUCAUUACUCUGCAAAGCAGAAGAAAACCUCCCCCCACCUUCGGCACUUAUCCAAUCACCACCUCGUCGACAGUUUGCACCAAUGGCUCUUCAAGCAACCACCACCAUUUCUCCCACAGGUUCCCUCAACAAAGAGGGAAAGUCCAUAACUUCUCUCAAGGAAACUGGAUUUUUCGGAGCCUCAAUCUCGGUUCCAUUCAGCCUGAAAGCAGAAUCAUGGACACCCCUGAUAAGAAGCAAGGAAUUCAGGAAAAGGGAAGUGGCUUUUGGAACACUAGUAGUCCGAGCACAAACUGCUGCUACAACCCCAGCAAUGACCAAUUCCACGCCAGAUGCGAAAAAGACCAAGAGAAAAGGCAACGUGAUAAUCACAGGAGCUUCAUCAGGGCUAGGGCUAGCCACAGCCAGGGCUCUAGGCCAAACAGGGGAAUGGCAUGUGAUCAUGGCGUGCAGAAACUUUCUCAAAGCGGAGAAGGCAGCCAAAUCAUCCGGCAUCCCGAAGGAGAACUACACAGUAAUGCACCUCGACCUUGCCUCACUCAACAGCGUCAGACAAUUUGCUGAGAAUGUUCGGCUUUCGGGGAAGCCUGUUGAUGUUGUGGUCUGCAAUGCUGCUGUCUAUUUGCCCACGGCCAAGGAACCAACUUACACAGCUGAUGGGUUUGAGCUCAGUGUUGGGACUAAUCACCUUGGCCACUUCCUUCUCGCCAGGCUGCUUCUCGAUGACCUGAAGCAAUCGGAUUACCCUUCCAAACGCCUUAUUAUUGUCGGCUCCAUAACAGGAAACACAAACACAUUGGCCGGGAACGUGCCGCCCAAGGCUAACCUGGGGGAUUUGAGAGGGCUUGCUGGUGGCUUGAAUGGGGUGAACACUUCCUCAAUGAUAGACGGGGGAGAGUUCGAUGGUGCCAAGGCAUACAAAGACAGCAAAGUCUGCAACAUGCUCACGAUGCAAGAAUUCCACAGGCGUUACCACGAGGAGACAGGAGUUGCCUUCGCUUCGCUCUACCCUGGUUGCAUUGCUGAGACGGGUUUGUUCAGGGAGCAUGUGCCUUUGUUCAGGCUUCUAUUCCCACCUUUCCAGAAGUACAUUACUAAAGGCUAUGUUUCCGAGGAAGAAGCUGGCAAGAGACUCGCACAGGUUGUUAGCGAACCGUACCUUACAAAAUCGGGUGUCUACUGGAGCUGGAACAAGAACUCGUCUUCAUUCGAGAACCAGCUCUCUGAAGAAGCUAGUGAUGCUGAAAAGGCCAAAAAGCUGUGGGAAGUAAGUGAGAAACUUGUUGGGUUGGCUUGAAAUGAACAAACCAUGAGCAGGAUAGACUCCAAAUCCAAUCACCACAUUUUGAAGAAUAUACCACGAGGAAACUAGACUUUGUAAUGAGAUCACCCCAUCUCCUUCUGUUGUUAUUGUACAAGCUAUGUCUCAAAUGAAAUCAAAAUCUUUCAUGAUGCAAUUCUGCAGAGUAGCAGGUACUUUCAUUGUGUAAGCGAGCAUGGAUAUACAGUACUCUAAACGGCAAGAUUACAGAGACAUUGUUCUUCAAAGAUGAAGAACAAAUUAACGUCGAAGUU